CACGCCCCUCUGCAUUGCGGAAGUGGAAGUUGUGGAAGUCGUCCCAGCUCCAGCUGUCAGCGGACCGAGUCUGUCCUGUGUCCCCUGGUCCUUCUCACAGACAAUAACAGCACCUCACGGGGAUGUCUCUGUCUUUCGAGGGAAGAGUUGUGCUCGUCACCGGAGCCGGAGGAGGCCUUGGCAGAGAAUAUGCUCUGGCUUUUGCUGAAAGAGGUGCCUCUGUCGUAGUGAACGACCUUGGGGCUGACACUAAAGGGGGUGGAAAGAGUUCUGCAGCCGCUGAUAAGGUGGUGGAGGAGAUAAGAGCGAAGGGAGGAAAUGCUGUGGCGAACUACGAUUCUGUAGAGGAUGGAGACAAACUGAUCCAGACAGCGCUAGAUGCAUUUGGAAGACUAGAUGUUGUCGUAAACAAUGCUGGGAUCCUCCGUGACCGAUCGUUUGCCAGGACGAGUGAUUUGGACUGGGACCUGAUUCAAAGAGUUCACUUAAGAGGCUCCUUCCUGGUGACUCGAGCCGCCUGGAACCACAUGAAAAACCAAAAGUUUGGCAGAAUCAUCAUGACGGCUUCAGCCGCAGGCAUCUAUGGUAACUUCGGCCAGGCCAACUACAGCGCGGCCAAGCUGGGCCUGCUGGGCCUGGCAAACACCUUGGCCAUCGAGGGAAGCAAGUACAACAUCCACUGCAACACUAUUGCCCCUGUUGCAGGGUCACGACUCACAGAGACCAUUAUGCCCCCAGACCUCGUGGAAUCUCUGAAGUCAGAGUAUGUCGCUCCCCUGGUCCUCUGGCUCUGUCAUGAUCAAUGUAAAGAAAAUGGAGGACUAUUUGAGGUCGGUGCAGGCUGGAUUGGUAAAUUGCGCUGGGAGCGUUCUCAGGGCCACAUUGUGAGACGGAAGAAUCAACCCAUGAAUGUCGAGGCUGUCAGGGACCAGUGGGACAAAAUCUGUGAUUUUACAGACGCCACCAAGCCUUCAUCCGUACAAGAGUCUCUACACUCAAUUGUGACCGUGCUGUCUGAAGUUGAUUCGGAGGGAGCAGUCGAUGCAAAUCCAACAGCUGCUGUGGCCUCGACCUCGGGGAUCAAUCCUGCGAUGGCAGUGGGACAAAAAAUGCAGGCGACCACAUUCAGCUUCACCCACACACAGUGUAUCCUCUAUGCACUGGGGGUCGGCAUGUCGACCAAGGACCCAGAACAUCUUAGGUACCUGUAUGAAGGCCAUUCGGACUUUAGCUGCCUGCCCACCUUUGGGGUCAUUCCCUCCCAGGCAGCCAUGAUGGAUGGUGGGCUGGCCUCAGUCCCUGGACUCAACAUAGAUUUCACACAGGUGCUGCAUGGAGAACAGUAUCUGGAGCUUUACAAACCUCUGCCUACCUCAGGUGAGCUAACCUCUGAGGGGACUGUAGCAGACGUGCUGGACAAAGGCUCCGGAGCCCUCAUCCUCUUGGAUGUGAACACCUACAGUGACGGCCAGCUGGUGUGCUUCAACCAGUUCUCAGUGUUUGUGGUUGGAGCUGGAGGCUUUGGAGGGAAGAGAACCUCCGACAAAGCUAAAGUUGCUCUGCCACCACCUCAACGGGCACCAGAUGCUGUGGUGAUUGAUUCCACCACCAGAGACCAAGCCGCCCUGUACCGGUUGAGUGGCGACUGGAACCCUCUUCACAUUGACCCCAGCUUUGCUGCCAUGGGAGGCUUCAAGGCUCCGAUCCUUCACGGCUUGUGCUCAUUUGGCUUCGCUGCGAGACACGUCCUUAAGCAGUUUGCCAACAACGACCCGUCCAGAUUCAAGGCCAUCAAGGUUCGCUUUGUGAAGCCGGUGCUGCCCGGUCAGUCUCUGCAGACCGAGAUGUGGAAGGAAGGCAACAGGAUUCACAUCCAGUGCAAAGUGAAGGAGACAGAUGCUGUUGUGUUGUCAGGAGCUUACGUGGAUUUACAUCCUGCGUCCGAUGCUUCUCCUGAAAACCUCAGUCAAGGAGCAGGACUUCAGAGUGAGCUGGUGUUUGCAGAGAUCGGGCGUCGCAUCAAGGACCUGGGCUCAGAGUUGGUGAAGAAGGUGAACGCUGUGUUCGGCUGGGAGAUCACUAAAGAUGGCAAGAACAUUGCACAGUGGACCAUUGAUCUGAAGAACGGCAGCGGCUCCCUGCAUGAAGGCCCUUACAGCGGGAAGGCAGACGUGACCAUCACGGUGUCAGAUGAAGACUUCAUGGAGGUGGUGCAGGGGAAACUCAACCCUCAGAAGGCGUUCUUCUCUGGCAAGCUGAAGGUGAGAGGGAACAUCAUGCUGAGUCAGAAGCUGGAGGUCAUCCUGAAGGACCACGCCAAGCUGUGAGCCGCUCAGCCAAGCACAGCGAUGACUUCAGGAGCGAGCGACCGAGCGACCGACGCUCUCCGUCUGUCCGCUUCUACUGUCCCGUCCUGUGUGUGCUUCCAGGAUCUGACCCAGUAAGAUUAAUACCUCCUCCUCACCGCAGACAUGAGACAUCGAUCAGAUAGGAAAUGUCAUUGUAAGACAUGGAUACUGAGAAAUGCAAAAGAUUUUACUACUUUUUAAUUCAGCUAUUGAUAAUUCACAUUCUAAGAUCCACAGGAAAUCAGACCUCUUUCAUUUGUUCUCAUUGUUUAUUUUUCUAAAUCACUGUUAUGAGUCUAUCGGCCAGAAUAGGAUUUAUUCUUGUAUUAAUAAAAACUAACUGUGACGGAAUCUUGCCUUUCAUAAGUUUAAUGUUCUGAGUGAAGUGAUGAUUAAAAUCUAAAUUGAUCGUAAAUAAAUUAUUUCACGAUGACUUAUUCACCAAACCACUACUUCCAUGUACCUGAUACUGUAACAACAGAAUCUUUGAAAUGUAAAAUAAUAUCUAUAAUAAUUUCAUUGUAAUAUUGAUCUCUCUUAUGAAAAUAAACUAAUUCAGAACCCA